AUGUUUGACCGCAGUCCAGAGGUAAAGGAGACGAUAGAGAAAGCCAAGAACGCUGUCAAGCAUAUGCUGGUUGGUGCCAGUAUGGCCGGCGCCACGGGAGCUACAGUGGGCACAGUGCUGGCAGCAUUACGCAACGAGAACAUUAGAUUUUAUGCUGCAUCCAUGGGCACUAAUUUUUUCUUGCUAUCCUCAACGUAUAUCGCUUUUGAGGAAGUGGUCUCGGACAAGCGAGAUGACAAGAAGGACUGGAUUACUGGUGCUAGCGCUGGUGCAAUUACUGGCGGGUUUUAUGCCGGUUUGAUCGGUGGUCGAUUUCGUGGUAUACAGGGUGCCGUCGCCGGUGCUGCAUUAGGAGCAGCUGUGAUUUUUAGUCGCGAGAAAUUUCAUACGUGGCGUUUAAGCAAAGGCGUGCAACGUUACGAGACCAAGUACGGCACAGCUCCUGCUGUGUACCAUCCAAUUACUGCUGUGAUUGUGGAGAGCCAAGGCCCCCAAGAGAGCUAG